CGCGGCGGCCGAGCGUUGGCCCCGCGGAGGCAGCCGCUAGGUGGCGCAUGCGCCCUGGGGGGUGCGGGCCGCGUCUGGGAGCAAGGCGGCGGCGCAAGGCGGGGGCGCCGUGGGGGCCGGGUCGGUGUUUACAGAGCGGCGGGCGGACGGGCGCGGAACCCGGCGCGGCGGCACGAUGGUCAUGGCGCAUUUCGUGGAGAAUUUCUGGGGGGAAAAAAAUAGUGGCUUUGAUGUCCUCUACCAUAAUAUGAAACAUGGACAGAUAUCGACAAAAGAACUAGCAGAUUUUGUAAGAGAAAGAGCCACAAUAGAAGAAGCAUACUCCAGGUCAAUGACAAAACUAGCAAAGUCUGCGAGCAAUUAUUCACAACUUGGAACAUUUGCACCAGUGUGGGAUGUGUUCAAAACAUCUACGGAAAAAUUAGCAAAUUGUCACUUGGACCUUGUUAGAAAAUUACAAGAAUUAAUAAAGGAAGUUCAGAAGUAUGGAGAAGAGCAAGUAAAAUCUCAUAAGAAGACUAAAGAGGAAGUUGCAGGAACUCUGGAAGCGGUCCAGGCCAUUCAGACCAUAACUCAGGCCCUGCAGAAAUCCAAGGAAAAUUACAAUGCCAAGUGUGUAGAACAGGAGCGGUUGAAAAAGGAAGGAGCUACGCAAAGAGAAAUAGAAAAGGCAGCUGUUAAGUCUAAGAAAGCAACAGAUACCUAUAAACUCUAUGUGGAAAAAUACGCAGUAGCGAAAACUGAUUUUGAACAGAAGAUGACAGAAACUGCUCAGAAAUUUCAAGAUAUUGAAGAAACUCAUCUUAUUCAUAUAAAGGAAAUUAUAGGAUCCUUGUCUAAUGCUAUAAAGGAAAUUCAUUUGCAAAUAGGCCAGGUCCAUGAAGAAUUUAUAAAUAAUAUGGCUAACACUACAAUUGAAAGCUUGAUACAGAAGUUUGCUGAGUCAAAAGGCACUGGGAAGGAAAGGCCUGGUCUCAUUGAGUUUGAAGAGUGUGACCCUGCAAGUGCGGUUGAAGGUAUAAAACCAAGGAAAAGAAAGACUUUUGCUUUGCCAGGAAUAAUUAAGAAGGAAAAGGAUGCGGAGUCUGUGGAGUGUCCUGAUGCAGAUUCACUUAAUAUUCCUGAUGUGGAUGAAGAAGGCUAUAGUAUUAAACCAGAAGCAAAUCAAAAUGAUACCAAAGAGAACCAUUUCUACUCGUCGAGUGAUUCUGACUCAGAAGAUGAAGAACCAAAGAAGUACCGGAUAGAGAUCAAGCCUGUGCAUGCUGGCAACUCGCACCACACGAUGGCCUCCCUGGACGAGCUGAAGGUGUCCAUCGGGAACAUAGCACUGUCCCCUGCGGUGUCUAGACACAGUCCAGUCCAGAUGAAUCGGAAUUCGUCUAGUGAGGAAUUAACGAAAUCUAAGCCAUCUCUUCCCAAUGAGAAAGGGACCAAUGAUUUACUUGCUUGGGACCCCCUGUUUGGACCUUCUCUCGACCCAUCUUCAGUUUCACUGACUUCAUCAUCAUCAGCCAGACCCACAACUCCUCUUUCUUUUGGCACCAUUGUCCCACCUCCAAGGCCUGCUUCCAGACCAAAGCUCACCUCAGGCAAACUCAGUGGGAUUAAUGAAAUACCUAGGCCAUUCAGUCCACCUGUGACUUCCAGCACCAGCCCACCUCCUGCCGCUCCCUUAGCCCGGGCAGAAAGUUCUUCCUCUAUUUCAUCAUCUGCUUCAUUGAGUGCUGGCAAUACUCCAACAGUAGGAGUGUCACGGGGUCCCAGCCCUGUCAGCCUUGGAAAUCAGGACACCUUACCUGUGGCAGUCGCCCUUACGGAAUCUGUUAAUGCCUACUUUAAAGGAGCAGAUCCUACCAAGUGUAUUGUGAAGAUCACUGGUGAUAUGACGAUAUCCUUUCCAAGUGGGAUCAUUAAGGUCUUCACUGGCAACCCGUCUCCAGCUGUGCUGUGCUUCAGGGUGAAGAACAUCAGGCGGCUGGAGCAGAUUCUUCCAAACGCGCAGCUGGUUUUCAGUGAUCCGUCACAAUGUGAUUCUAAUGCAAAAGAUUUUUGGAUGAACAUGCAAGCUGUUACUGUCUACCUCAAGAAGCUUUCAGAGCAGAAUCCAGCUGCUGCUUACUACAACGUGGAUGUACUAAAGUAUCAGGUAUCCUCAAACGGCAUCCAGUCUACUCCCCUGAACCUUGCAACCUACUGGAAGUGUAGUGCCAACACCACAGAUCUGAGAGUGGAUUACAAGUACAACCCAGAAGCGAUGGCAGCGCCCAGCGUGCUUUCCAGCAUACAAGUGGUGGUUCCUGUGGAUGGAGGCGUCACAAACAUGCAGUCCCUGCCCGCUGCAGGAUGGAAUGCAGAGCAAAUGAAGGCCUUUUGGAAAUUGUCUGGGAUUUCAGAUAAAUCAGAAAAUGGAGGUUCUGGGUCACUCAGAGCGAAGUUCGACCUUUCCGCUGGCCCCAGUAAGCCCACGACCCUUGCGGUGCAGUUCCUCAGUGAGGGGAGCACCCUGUCUGGGGCAGACGUCGAGCUGGUCGGCACUGGCUAUCGGCUUUCCUUGCUUAAGAAGCGCUUCGCCACUGGACGCUAUCUGGCCGAUUGCUGACGGACCCAGGAAGUCGUGGUCUCAUCGGGGCAGCACACACCUGCCAUUCUGCAUUAUCUGUUCUCUCCAAACACUAUUCUAGCUUGGAUGAUGUCUUUCAAACUUAGACACAUUUGAGAACUGAUUGCAAACAUGAAAUUGCACUUUCAAAAUGAGUCAUUGGGAGAAGUAGCACUGAAAUGAUUGUCUAUGCUUGUAGCUGAUCAGCUGUGAUAUUCAGGAAGCGCCUGGAUUCAGUCUCAGUAAAAAUGAAAUUUUCCUAUGCUACAAUUGUAAAUUAUCUUCAGAGUCUCUAUUGAAAAGGGGGUUUAUAGUAUAGUAUCAGGCCUAAAGUUCCAGGAGAGCAAGCACAAAACAAUUUAGCUUUCCAUAGAUUUUUUUUAGAGUCAGAGCUUCAUGUUUCCCAAGUAUGAUACUGGACAGAUUUGAACAGAAUAAAAGUUCUGAGUUUUAGAUAAUGUUAGCUCAGAACACUCAAUCAAAUUGAGUUAUGUGCCAUAAGAUAAUCAGACCAGAGUCCCAAGUUGUAUGCAAAAAAAAUCUGUAAUUUGAUUCUCAUAAACAUAAUAAAGUGUAAAUGGUGUUUUGUAUAAUUUUUUAAAAUUCUUAAGUGCAAUGUGUUUUAAAAUAAGCUUGCAAAAGACAGCAGAGAAAUUUACUUCUGCAGUUAAUUAACUUUAUAGAAGUUGUGAUUGUUUUGAUGAAUUAAUGUUGUAGAUUUAAUUUAUUUUUAUAUGGAUUGCAUAAUGUAUGCCUUUUAAAACAAUAACAAAGCCAGGAAUGUGCCUAACUAAUUUGUGUUCAUCAAUGUGCCUCACUUUCCCCUCACACAUCCUGGGUCUUCUGCUCACAAGCUUAGAGUGGUCAGAUAUUCGCAGCUUUUGUAAGUACCCUUGGCCUGCAGUUGAGGAAGGAAUUCUGAGGAACUAGGGACCCCAGCUGACUUCUUCGGUGACCCCGUGGGCACUAGAAAGAUAAGGAGGCGGGUGGCGGCUGUUUACAGACAACAGAAUACCUUCGGUAGUCCACAUCCGACAGGAGAUGGAGUCUGAAGGACCAUUGCAGUAAAUUGGUAUUUUUCACUCUCCGUCGAGCAGUUCCUUGUCUUUGUUUAUCACUGGAAAUUUAUACAUUAUUUGCUGAUUGUAUUGUGAACAUGAAUUUUGCAGUAUUUUGUGAAGAAUACAAUGUUGAAAAGGUUAAUUUUGGCAACAGAGGAGGAGGUACCGCCAGUUGUUUUUAUUCCAACAACUGAGAAAAAGUUCAGUGGGAUGUUCUUACUAUUUAACUCACCUGGUAGAAAAAUAGAGUAAUAAGUAAUGGAUUGGGUUAAGCAUUUCUUAAACAACUAAUACUAACUAGUAAGAAACCUAACUUUAUAAAAAAACUGAUUACUGAAGAAAGGAAGUGUUUUUCAACGAAACUUCCUAAUUUACAAAUGGGAAUUUUAUUUAUAAUUAUAAAUACCAAUGUCUUUCACGUAAUAUUGUGUUAUGUAUGGUAAUUUAUGUAAAACCACUAAUUGUUCUGUUCACUCUUACAGAAAACUUCUAUCAUUAGAUAUGUUUGUGACAGCUUACUGUUCCACAUACAGCCAGAAGUCUACA